CUGGAACAGAGGCGAUGGGUUUGCCAUCCCAGCAACACGAAAAAUGCUUCCCCAGCUUAUAGAUAAUUUGUGUUAUGUUGCUUUUGUUGGUGUAAUUUGCUUGCGUUCUUUGGUGGCUGGUUUGUGCAGAAUUCAAACCUGUGAUGGGCGUUCAUUCAGUUGGGAAGAAUCUCUUCUACCUCUCUCACUCGAAGAAGAGGAAGCUCAAAGAAGACGGAUGAGAGUAGGAAACACUGCCCCUCAGAAGAAGAAGAAGAAGAAGAGCCUUUCAGAACUGACGAAGUCACCAUCAAGCUUCUUUCAGGGUCAUCUGCCGGCAAGAAGCACGAGGACGCUGCCCCUUCCCAUCCCAGACCGAGGAAUGUGCGACCUCCACUGGCUACAAUUUUGAGAACUUGAGAUACUGAUUUGUCUUCCAUCUCCUAUUGGUUGGCAAGCCAUUGCCCAACGAUGCAAAAGCACAAAAACUGGGUUUUCAGACUUGGAUUGAAGCUAGAUAUAUGGGAACAAAUUGCUUAUAUAUUAUCAAGAGAUGCGAGGCUGAUUUUUUGGACAACCAUUCUUCUUCUGAUGGUCUUGGUGCAAUGCAGUUCAUCUCUGGUGAGUGAACACUCUGCAUUUGUAAGGGAAUGACUGUAUGUUCUUUUUUAUGGAUGGAAUUGCACUGGGAUUUCAUCUUGCUUAUGUUAACUUAGACCAUGGAAAAGCCAAGCGGAAUUUUGAGCUUUUGCAAGGAUGACAGCUGAGUAAGUAAGAUUCAAAGAAGCAGUCUUGAAAAUGAUCAGUGUCUUGGCCUCAUUAGAAAAUGAUGCAUGUCAUUUACAGUCACCUUUUGAUUUUGUGGUUUC